AUGAAUACUUUUACCGUGCAACUGUGCCACAAACUCGAGUCUAGAACCGUACCCGAGUAUGUGGGUUCACCGCAUCUGAAGCUCCAUAAUGUCGUCUGGAGAUCUCCACUCCAGAACAUCUAUAUCGUCAAGAAGCCAUGGAACAAGCCAGCAUUGGAAGCCUUGAUGCAGUUUAUUGACUUUCUUCAGACAGAUUACCCUCAAUUGAAAGUUAUUGUAUCUGAGGACGUGGCUGAUGAGUUGACAGAGGCUUAUAAGGAUCGAGAUACUGCUGAAGGUCGUAAAACAGUGGUUUACACGGGAGAAGUGAAUGAUAUUGUAGUGAGAACCGAUUUGAUUGUCACAUUAGGCGGUGAUGGUACCACAUUGAGAGCAGUAUCGGCGUUUCUGAAUGGAAUAGUUCCCCCGGUACUCAGUUUUGCCAUGGGAACAUUGGGGUUCUUGCUUCCGUUCGACUUUGCUACAUUUAAGGAGACUUUCAGGACAGUUUACGAGUCAAGAAGUAAAGCGCUCCACAGAAGCAGGCUUGAGUGCCAUGUUGUAAGAAGAAACGGAGAACAACCGGUGGAAAAGCUGGCAGAGAAGGAAGUGCUCGAAGGGUUGGUGGAACAAUACAAAAUUGCACACUACAAACAGCACCUGAGUGGGGUAAUGUUGCAUGCCAUGAACGAUAUCUCGUUACAUCGUGGCCUGCAGCCCAAUCUUAUUCUGCUUGAUAUUUUCAUUGAUAACGAGUUCGUCACAACCACCACUUCGGACGGAAUUGUGUUCGCAUCUCCGACAGGGUCUACAGCUUAUUCUCUUUCGGCAGGCGGAUCGAUUACCCAUCCUUUGGUUCCAUGCAUAUUGCUCACGCCUGUAUGUCCGAGAUCUUUAUCGUUCAGGCCACUAAUCUUACCAUCUACGUCACACAUAAUGAUAAGGCUCACGGAUACAAAUCGGAAUGGUCUCAUCAAGUUAAACAUCGAUGGAAUUCCUCAACUGGAUCUUAGACCCGGAGAUGAAAUCCAUGUUGUCAGUGAGAACGGCACUAUCUUCAUUCCUGGCAAACACCAGCCUCCUACUGCUCUACUGAAGCGAGUUGAAUACGACCAGUUCAUUGAACCAGGCGUGGACAAUAGGAUCCGUGGUCGUGGCGGACUGGAAGUUCCCAAGGGACUCUUCUGUAUUGCCAAAACAGAAAAUGACUGGAUCAAGGGUAUUAAUCAGCUUCUCGGAUUCAACUCAUCCUUCCGGGGUCAGAAGUUGUAA